UUGCAAUUUCAAACCAGUAACUACCCUCUAGUUUUUGGAUCACUUUUACUUUGGUUAAUUUUGAUUUAGAAGACGGGGUACUAGUAGUUAUCUCUGUAUCCUUAGGACUAUUCUUGCCUUCGCAAAGAAGCAAGGUGAAGUAUAUUUGCUUCUUCAUAAGAAGGUGGUUUCAAAGGUUCUUUGGUGGCGCUCAAAAUUAUUUGGAGUGUCAAAGGUUUUUCAUAGUAGGAGAACAUUCCGGCGCUCCACAGAUGUGUUAUAAGCAGGAAGAAUGUUAUCAUGAUUGUGACCACGCCACAGCCUCCUAAUUUGGGACUUAACUACUUUUAGGGUAGGCAUUUUAUUUAGGUGUCCCUAAUAGGUUAAGUGUCUUUUAAUGUCUUCUCUGACUUUUGGCUAUUUUUAGAGACUGUAAGUCUGCACCCAGCCUCCAGUCAACUUUUUGCACACCUACCAAAAUAGAUCCUAGACUGAAAUGACCUUUUUACAAAGUGUCAAAUUAACCUAAAUUUAGUUUUCAAUUUUAUUUAUUUAUUUUUUAAGCUGUUGGCAUUGUCAAUAAUUUAAGAGAGCGCCAAUGCUCCUUCCUCACACGUCUCACAUGCACCCAAGCCCCAGUGCCCCCAGAACCCCCAAUUUGCCCUACUGCUGAGAGCCUGGAAGAGCCAUUUUUAGUCUGAGCUUUGUGGGUUAUGUUUACCACACUAUUCAAACAUGCUUUACAAAAAAUAUAAAUAUAAAUUGUAUAAUGUUGUAUAACUUUUCCUUUCCCUCUUGUUUGAGACAUGUAAAAAACCAUUGUCUCCCAUUUAUAUAAUGCUUUUUUGUAAACUUUUUUUUUCUCCUGUGCAACAAUUUUCAACAAUGAUGUCUUUCUUACGUCUAUCUCAUAUAUUAUUUAACUAAUUUUUCUCUUUUUAGUAUGCAGGAUGUGUAAACCCAUGUGUGUGAUAAUUUUGUUGUGUCAAUGCCACCUUGUUGAGAGAUGUCUUAACCCAUGUGUCAAUCUUGCUGCCCAUUCUUGUCAUGAUCCUGCCGCUUCAGCAUGAGCUGCGCAGGUGCCCGCGCGACUGCGCUGAUUGGGAGGCGCACACCUGCUCCUCAUGCGGGCUGAUCAUCACCUGUAUAGAUAGGACCCGGUGACGACCGGUCCUCCGCCAGUUCGUUGAGCUUUAUGUCCCGUUCCAGCACUCUCGUAUCCCUGACUGAACCUGUGUGUACCGACCUCCGUCCGUUCUCUGACCAACCUUGUAAGCCUGACUCCUUGACACUUCUGCCUGGGUUGAUUGUUUCCCCGUGUACCGACUCCUGCCUGUCCGCUCAUCUGUUGUCUUCGCCCGACGUCACAACUACCGCUGCUGCACCGGACUGCCUGCUGGAUCCCCGACCUCUGCGUACAAUAAACGUGUCUCUUCUUGAACUACCUUGUGUCUUCCGAGUUCCUGCAUUUGGGUCCUACCUCUCGUUCCGAUGGGACGUGACAGAACGAACUGGCCAUCACAGGACCCAGCAGGAAAGACCCGGCGUUGCCGGGACCGACGCAAGGUAGACCGUCUGCUGGAGGACCAAGCCUGUCCAAUCCGGGUAGGCUCCCUGACGUCCUCCACUUCCGUGUCUUACGCUCCGCCAGCGAAGUACGAAUACGUCCUGAACACGACCCGUCCGGCUCCUCAUAUUCUUCUGGACUCUGACUUUUCGGAAUAUGAGGAGGACCGUGAUUUGUAUGCCGGCUGCCUGAGUAUGACUCCGACGACUUUGAUUUUGAGUUUCUUUGCCCGGCUUUUGAUCCCAGUCAGUUUGCCCCGCCUUACCGCGUUUCCAGCACCCGAGCGACUUCGCCCGGUAGAUCCAAGUGCACCUAUCGGUACGAGGGAACCCGCUUGGCCAUCUACCCGGGACGUGGCGGCCAGAGGAGACGCCCCGGCCGGGCGCUCCCUGGUGUCUCUCGCUGUGGGGCAACGAAGACACCGUCCUCCCACAACUGGAUGGCAACUGUGAGACCGGCAGACCCGCAGCUGGUGGCGAAGCCUAAAGCCCAGAGGGAGGAGGAGCCGCCAAACCACGAGGCGUUCUGUCGCGAAAUGCGGGCGCAGUUAGAGAGGCAGAGCGCUGAAUUGGCGGCUCUCACGGCCCAGGUCCGGCAAGGAUUGGCGAACCAGCCGACCUACGCUGACGUCGCAACGGCGACAGACUCGCUGCUGACUCAGGUUCACGUGGCAGUUGGAACUGACCCGCUCCCGAGACACGCCCACGUGUCAGUUUUGACUGACUCUCCGCCUACUCAGGUUCACGUUGCCCUGGAAACGGAUUCGCCACCGCGCCACGCCCACGUUGCUGUUUCUACGGAUGCACUGCAAGCUCACGUGGCAGUGGGGACCGACCCGAUGCCGCCUCACGUUGCUGUCCAGAAGGUGGCGACGUCUCCACAGCCGCUUCUCGUCCGUGCUCUGGAGUGGCAGUGGCGACCGGCCCGCGGACGCUCCACACUCCUGCUCUGUCGGCGACGGGCACGCCCUCACGUUCCUGUCCAGGAGGGGGCGGCGAUGGCGCCGCCUUCUCACGUUCCUGUCCAGGAGGGGGCGGUACUGGCGCCGCCUUCUCAAGUUGCUGUCCAGGAGGGGGCGGCGAUGGCGCCGCCUUCUCACGUUCCUGUCCAGGACGGGGCGGCGAUGGCGCCGCCUUCUCACGUUCCUGUCCAGGACGGGGCGGCGAUGGCGCCGCCUUCUCACGUUCCUGUCCAGGAGGGGGCGGCGAUGGCGCCGCCUUCUCACGUUCCUGUCCAGGAGGGGGCGGCGAUGGCGCCGCCUUCUCACAUUCCUGUCCAGGAGGGGGCGGCGAUGGCGCCGCCUUCUCACGUUGCUGACCAGGAGGGGGCGGCGAUGGCGCCGCCUUCUCAAGUUGCUGACCAGGAGGGGCGGUGAUGGCGCCGCCUUCUCAAGUUGCUGACCAGGAGGGGGCGGCGAUGGCGCCGUCUUCUCAAGUUGCUGACCAGGAGGGGGCGGUACUGGCGUCGCCGCCGCCUUCUCACGUUGCUGUCCAGGAGGGGGCGGUACUGGCGUCGCCGCCGCCUUCUCAUGUCCCUGUCCAGCAGGAGCUGGGGAGUUCUGUGGAGCCACUCAGGAGCUGGAGAGACUUCGGGGUGGUGGUCAUGGCUCUGGUCCUGCUCUCCAUCAUCUUCUUCACUCCUGAGUUCGCCCAGCCGCUUCAGGACCUGGCCUCGUUGGCGACCAAUCCCUGGUCGUCUUGCAACGACGGCGUGGGAGGUUCUCGUCUGGAGCAGGGGCCUGCCUCGUUCUGGUUCCUGCCUCGCCGUUUGGUUCCCCACAGAGGUCGUCCGCCCGAGUCGCCCCGUGGGGACCCUGGUGCUUGGCGUCCGGGUCGUCCUCCUGACCUGUCCGCCCAGACGCCUCGUGUUUGGUGGCCUGGAUGGCCACCAGUCUGGGGUUCAGGGGGGGGCGUGCCCUCCUCCGGACCCCCUUCCGCCCACCCCUGCCUGUGUUAUUGUCUGUUUUUUCGUUUAGGCACGUCUGGGAGCCGUGCCUUUGAAGGGGGGGUACUGUCAUGAUCCUGCCGCUUCAGCAUGAGCUGCGCAGGUGCCCGCGCGGCUGCGCUGAUUGGGAGGCGCACACCUGCUCCUCAUGCGGGCUGAUCAUCCCCUGUAUAGAUAGGACCCGGUGACGACUGGUCCUCCGCCAGUUCGUUGAGCUUUAUGUCCCGUUCCAGCACUCUCGUAUCCCUGACUGAACCUGUGUGUACCGACCUCCGUCCGUUCUCUGACCAACCUUGUAAGCCUGACUCCUUGACACUUCUGCCUGGGUUGAUUGUUUCCCCGUGUACCGACUCCUGCCUGUCCGCUCAUCUGUUGUCUUCGCCCGACGUCACAACUACCGCUGCUGCACCGGACUGCCUGCUGGAUCCCCGACCUCUGCUCUACAAUAAACUCUUCUUGAACUACCUUGCGUCUUCCGAGUUCCUGCAUUUGGGUCCUACCUCUCGUUCCGAUGGGACGUGACAAUUCUCUGACGUGAAAUCAGAAUGUAAAUGUCUUGUCAUAAUUUUUUUUUUUUCUUCAAUGCAGCUUCCUUUAGUAUUCUAUCCGAGAAGGUAUUUCCCAAUAAAAUCAUAUCUUUGCUCGAUGUAUGUGCUAGGCAUUUGCAUUCAGUCAAAGUUUUUUAGGCAGUUGUAUUGAAAUCAACUAAGAAUUUUGCAUGUGUUACUUUGGCUGCGGAUGAAAUCAACCCCUGUUUUUUUUUCAGUACAGCGCAAAAACCUGCACUAUUGCAAAUGCAUAUUGGCUGUCUAUCUUCUUCUCUAACACCCACUGUCCUCAUAUCGUCCCUCACAACAUCCAUCAACCUUUUCUUUGGUCUUCCUCUCGCUCAUUCCCCUGUGAAGUAAGAAUAAUUUUAUUGUGUUGUUUUUCCAUAAUUAAAAGAUGUUUCGCAAUAGCUUCGUAUAUGUUUCGCAAUAGCUUUGUAUAACCUAAAAGACGAUCACAAUAGCUUUGAAUAACCAGCAAUGUCAUAAAAAGAUGUUUUUGUGUUAUAUGAUGUCGUGCAACGCCAUUUGUUGGUAACAAAGAAUAGUGUGGCGUCAGGCGGGAUGAAUUGGCCACUCACCCCUCCUUCCGCAUAUGCUUAGAGUAUAAAAGGAGAACUUUAGAUACUCUAGGUAGAGUCUGCUGCGGGUUGCGUACGGAUGCCCAGCCGGUAUUGAAGCUGCUCUCUACCUAGAGUGUUGGCUCUCCCUCCUAUUGGCGCACGUGGUAACCAUAUCUGUUGCAGCUUGGUGGGUGCUUGUUGAAGUGGGAGCUGCUGAUUGGACGACCCUUGACGGGAGGACGCAGAGAUUGAGGACAUCCGGCGCCGAGGAAUUGGAAAUGACUGGGUCAUCUGCCUCCUUGCCGUUGGUGCCAUGGUCCAACUCUCCUGGGGAAUGACCGAAGGUCAUGCGUGCGAGACAAGCCAGUUCAUCGGGAUAUCAUCGAGGAACGACUUGGACGGCAAUUGCAGAGGAGGAUUUCACCAUCGGGGAGGUUGGGGAUGACGGUGAUUUGACGUGGGGGUAUGUGGUCACGGUCAUUCAAACACACUUGACUCCAAUUCGUGACACCUGUACACACCUAGCUCAAGCAGUGGUUGAAGAUAUACUGGACAAUUCACUUUCCCCCGAUUCCGAUAUGUAACAGAAUAAAAAGGGCAUGGUAUGAUACUUUGUUGGGGGGAACGGGAACCGUAUUGGGAUUGGCAAAUACUGCUGAUAAUGAGGUAACUCGGACCAUGCUGUCCAAUACUGGAGAACACUCUGCCAGGGCCUUGCAUCAAAUAGGGGUUUGGCUUCCUAAAGCUCUGGUGGGACAAAAAGAAAAUGCAAAACUUUAGAAAACAGUGUUUAAUUGGGAUAUCAAAUUAUGGGACGAAGCAGAGAACGUGCUUCAGAACUUGACAGAACAGAGUAGCUGUAGUAUUCAAACUCUACACACUGCGGCUCAAAAGGAGUCGUUUCUAAGGAUAGUUACGUCGGGAAAUUAUCAAGAGUGGCGGAAGGUUUGGAACAUUUCUGACUCUUUGUGGUUGACAUUACAUCCCGAACACACCAAAUGUAACAAAAAUAAAUGUACGGGGUAUUGGACCCAGUACAACGUGACGACAACAAAGGUGGUUUGUAAAUAUCAGGUUUUGCCUGUUAUAACGACAAGUGGAUAUUGGUUUUUACACAUGGACGGAGAGUGGUUUGAACCAAAAACCAACAAAACCUUUAAAUCAGAUUUAUGUGAUUUAACAGACCAAGGGUUGGCUUGCAGAUAACAACAUGCGUACUUGAAUCCGUGCCUAACCGACUCAGAGGUUGUACUUUGUGAUUGGACUAGGGAGCCAGCCAGAGAGAUGAUGUGGCAAGUUGGACCGCAUACUCUCUGUGUGGCUACAACACAAAAUAACUCACAAGUACCUUCGGUUCUUUUUGUAGGAUGCCUUCAAGAUGUACACAUAUGGCGCUGGGGAAACAUGACGUAUCGUUUGACUAACUAUUCGGAGUCCCGCAGGUUGACUGCGGUCCAGUGGGAGGUACUACGCUCCCCCUGGUCAGUGUCUCUGGAAUGAUUCAAAUGCGCAUUGGAAAGUUCUACAGACAUCCAAAAACUCAUCAAGUCACAUGCGUCUAACAUUUCCAGUCUCAUGGUGUCAACUAUGGUAGUAAAAGGGGAAGUAGUGCAUGCCGCUAAAUUAGUCUCAUCAUUGGUGGGACAUCUUCACAGGAAUGUCCUCCACUGCGCGUACUACUUUCUUGCCACCCUUGAUCGUGUUAAUGAUUGUUAUUUGUGUGCUUACGCUAUGCAAUAUGGGAACUUGCUAUUAUGUGCGACGCAUCCGGCUUGAGGUAGAGAAGGAAAUAUAUAAUCGCCUAUAAUCAAUUGCUUACAUUUUGAAUGAUGGAAAAACAUCAAGAGUGGAAUGAAGUAAGAAUAAUUUUAUUGUGUUGUUUUUCCAUAAUUAAAAGAUGUUUCGCAAUAGCUUCGUAUAUGUUUCGCAAUAGCUUUGUAUAACCUAAAAGACGAUCGCAAUAGCUUUGAAUAACCAGCAAUGUCAUAAAAAGAUGUUUUUGUGUUAUAUGAUGUCGUGCAACGCCAUUUGUUGGUAACAAAGAAUAGUGUGGCGUCAGGCGGGAUGAAUUGGCCACUCACCCCUCCUUCCGCAUAUGCUUAGAGUAUAAAAGGAGAACUUUAGAUACUCUAGGUAGAGUUGCGUACGGAUGCCCAGCCGGUAUUGAAGCUGCUCUCUACCUGGAGUGUUGGCUCUCCCUCCUAUUGGCGCACGGUAAGAGCUGGAUAUUCUUCUAAGAGCUGAUUGGAUAUUACUUAGCUUCAUACCACGUGAUUUGUGCUCGUGCUUGUGUUACCAUUUCUGUGUGGGACCAAUAAAGUGCCAAUUGUUGGUAGCCAGAAUGUGUCUUGUCUUCAUUUCUGAGUGCCUAUCUCCGACGAACCUAUUAAAAUUUGAUACCGAACUCCUGAGCGAGGUAUCAGAAAUGUUUUAAAACACCCUGGCAGCUCCAUCCUCUGCACCCUUCUACUAACACACUCACUCUCUCGUCUCUGAACAUGUCCAAACCAUCUAGGUCUGGCCUCGCUAACCUUGUCUUCAAAACAUCAAACUUUGGCUGUCCCUCUAAUGAGCUAAUUUCUAAUGCUAUCCAACCUGUUCACACCAUACCAGAACCUCAGCAUCUUCAUUUUUCCUGUCGAUACCAUGCAUUUUCUUAGCUGAGCCAUUUCCAAAUAACAUUUCUCUUCUUUCUAAAGGCUCAUCUCUCAGGCCACUUCAAAUUUUGGCUCAUAUUUCAGCUAACUUUUGACAAUCAUGUUUGCUCCAUCCUCAUGACGUGGUCGUGUUAUUUUAAUGAAGAAUCAGAAGAUGGAACAAAACUAUUUGAACUUGUUUCUACAGCAAUCGAUGUCACAAUAACUGCUCUUACACACUGGGGUAAUGCACAUGCUAUGAUGAGUCUCAAUGUUGUUGCACUAAAACUGAGGUCAUAAUAUGACCUUUACAAUCUAGUAUCUGCAUAAAGGAUUUUACUAUAUUCUGACACAAAUUCCCCCUUUAUCUCACAGAAAGCUUUUUGGGAUUCUUCUGUCCAUUUUAACAAUGAUGUCAUUUUGAGGACUUCCUCAUACAUUAAUUUGGAAAAAGUUAUUGUUCCAUAAUUUGUUUGUGGUUUUGGUGCAUUAAGUACAACUAUUUUUUCUAUCAUCUAAAAUUGUUCUUCCCGCGCUAAGGUUGUGUCCUAAGUUCUUAACUUGUUCUUACUAACCUUGUGUCCCUCCUUGCUAAAUGUUUUAACAAUGCUAAUAUAUCACUUUUGCAAGUUAUGUGGACAUACUGGGUGUCUUAACUUGUGAAUAAAUGGUUGGCCUUUCACAGUACUCUUAAGAUAACCUGGUAAAUAUGUAUUGUUGCCUCCACAUGCAAAUGCAACUCAAUCUACUCCUGUAAAAACAUUUGCAUCUGGUCUUAAUGAAUUCAGCAAUGUGUAUGUUUGUCUGGGACACAAGGUGCUUGCUGUGUUAACAGUGGCAUUUACUGCAUAUAGGUCUUGAACCGUUCUCCAACCUCCUGAUGGGGGUGGCCCUUUUUUAUUUUUUUACUGGAAAAAUAGGCAUGUUGCAUGGAGAGUCUGGAAAUUCAACUAUAACCCCUGCAUUAAAUAAUGACUCAAUAAUUGGCUUUAUGAUGUCUAAUGCAUCUGGUUAUAAUGGAUAUUCUUUCAUAAAUAGCAUGUAUUCUGUUUUUGGUCUAAUUUGUACAGGUUGCACUCCCCUAAUGAGUCCCACAUCUGAUGGUCCUAUUGACCAUAUGCAUUCUGGGACUUCUUUUAGUUUCCUCUUCCUCUGUUAAGAGGGAGGAGUUGAUACCGCGUCACUUUUGAUGAAGGUUACAGCCUGCACUAACCUGUCUUUUUCAAAUUUUCCUUGUCUAGUUUCCAACUAGUUACCGUUUGGCCUCUUUUGACGAAACCUCACAACCACUCUGAGUGUGUGUCAUAUGGUUUAAACAGUGAUACAUGUGGCAAUAUUAAGCGUCUGUCUUUCAAGGCCUAUGGGAGUUUGACCCUUGUAGCUGCCGUUCCCAGAUUAUCUGUGUGCAGAUAAUCAACUGUUAUUAUUUUAUUUUUUUCGGGAGUGCAUUUGUUGAGUUUAUUUUCGUAAUGAAAAUUUGGUUCUGGAAUUUUUUUGUACCGCAUUGUUACAUUAAGAAAGUCUUCAUUCAUUUUAUCCUCUUGUUCUUUUAGGAAAUGUUUUGCUUGCUGAAGCAGUGUCUUUCUCAUAAAAGUUGUAGCUUGUUUGUUUCUUUUUAUCUUUCAGAAUUUAAUCCACAUGGAGGGCAUGAUUAACAUAUUCCUCCAAUGUGCCAGUAAUCAGUCCAAUGUAAUGUUUGUUCACCCAACUAUGAUUCCUUCUUUUGAACCUGCAUGGAGACCAUGUCAACUGCUGUUGAAAUGGAAUAUUCUCCAUCUUCCUGCAGGAAAUAAAAACAUCUUGAAUACAGUUGUCAUUCUCACUCUGUAUUCCUCAAAAGGCUCAUCAACUUUUACUUUUCUCCUCCUAUUUUAGUGUAAUUUGCUCUAUGUUAAACCCUGGGUUGCUCUCUGAAUUUUCAAAUUUUCCAUAUCUUCUACAUAUUAAUUCAUGUCGACUUUGUGUGAAGUGUUAUCUUCCACAGCAUUUUUAACAUCACCCACGGACCAAGUCCUAUACAUUAAAAUAGUCAGGUUGCCGCCAUUUUGUGUGUCGGGGUUGAUUACUUGGAUCAUUGGGUUCAAGUCACCUUGACUUGGUGGAAAGUUGGUCAUUUGUGCAGCAGUCUGUGCUGGAGAUAAUAGUCCUCCCAGUCUUUUCAACCAUUUCAACUCAGUUGCGUCUGAUCAAGUCAUUCUGUGUGGUGGUGUAAGUCAGGGUAGAGGGGUGUGGUCGGUUUUCUCUAUUCAUUAUCUUGUUCUUUCUUUUUUCUGACUCAUUCCUCUCUUGUAACCACCAUUAGGUAUUGUCCUACUCAUCUUAGGCCAUUUUAGUAAGGUCACCUUUAUUUCUACAAUCUAUGUCAUCUUUCAACUGAAUUAUUUUUUGCGAAUUAAGCUGGCCAGCGUAGUUGUAUUUUUUUUUAAUCCAUUUAUGUAAAUAUUUUAGCUUUGUGCUUCGACAAAUUUCCAAUCCUUGCAAGUCGAGUUCUCCCUUUCCUUUUGUUUACUAAUAUUUUUCCCCAUUUUGCGAAUUUGGAGCCAACAAACUACACUUAGUGUGUACUACGGUUGGUAUUUUUGUAUUAGACAGGGUGACUGUUAAAUACUCUUGCGUGGUACUCCUCAGGCUUCUACCCAGAAGGGUGGAGGAAUCUUGCCUUGGCUUCCAAAAAAGUCGUCACUUCCUAUCCUGUCUCUCAAACACUCGUUUACACAAUAGCACACGUUUUAUACUGCAGUUUUAUUCAAUCUUAUUUGAUACAGAAUGUAUUUUAUUUAACUCGGAAUUUAAGUACGUACACGAGUCCGUCCUCGUUACUUUUCACGGAAUUUAACUGUAAGCUAAACAGACGAGUCCGCCCUCGUUACAGUCCACGGAAUUUAAGUGCACACAAAUCCGCCCUCGUUUAUUACCACUUUUAAAGUACAGACGAGUUCACCCUCGUUACCUUUCACGGAAUUUAACUGUGACCGAUACAGACAAGUCCACCCUCGUUACAUGGAAUUUAACUGUAACCAAAACAGACGAGUCCGUCCUCGUUACAUGGAAUUUAACUGUACCUCUUACACGUUACCUCCAUGUAGACUGCGACGCACCUUCGCGCAGAUUUCCCGUCGACAAUCACUCCUUUUAUACCUCGUAAGAAAAUUGUUCUUACCAAGAUGUCUUUUUGUCAGUUGGAUUUCCGUCCAACCUCAGAUCCCAGUUAGAGAGUUCGAGGACCAGUCCCUUAACGGGUCUGUGUUGCCGUGGCCAUGGUCUUCCUGGAAAUCGACUCUGAAGCCGGGAUCCUCAGGUAUCUUGGAAUCUGACUCAAAGGACCGAGAAAAUGCUAGGUUUGUCACCUAACUUGCUGGAAUGAUUGCACAAAUAACAGACAAGAAGUCGUCUUUCUUCUGAUCAGGAGGAUGUGAGAGAGAGGCCAGUUACAGUCUCCAAACACAUUCUGAACCAGCCUCUCACAUAGUUUUUUUUUUCUUUUUUUUUUUUAAGAAAACACACAAGGUCAAAAGGAGAGGUGAGCAGAUGAAAUGAACAAAGGCACAGAGUUUAGUGAUGAUGUGGCACAUUCUUUAGUUUUGAUGGAGUUGUCCUUAGGCCACUUCUAGGAAGAUACUAUUGCAUCUGUGUGUAGGAGCUCGUCCUGUGGACAAGACUCUUCGAAGCAAGGAUGACACAAGCAUAGGAUGACACUAACAUACUAAAUGUACCUACAAUAAUUCAAAUACAUAAUAAAUAAAUUCACAACAAAUCUAAGAACUAGAAAUUCUGUGCUAUUUUUCCUGUUGACGUUCCUUAGUUUCUCUUUUUAUACCUCGUAAGAACAUUUUUCUUACCCAGACAUCUUCUUGUCCCUCGAAUUUCCGUCAACCUUCAGAUCUCAGUCUGAGAGCUCAAGGACCAGUCCCUUAACGGUUCUGUGUUGCUGUGGCCACGGUCUUUCCUGGAGGUCGACUCUGAAGCUGGGAUCUUCGGGUAUGUUGGAAUCCGGCUCGAAGGACCAAGCAAAUGUCACGUUCGACACCCAUCUGCUGGACUGAAUAUACAAUUAAUUAGGGACAAUGAAGACGUCUUUAAGGCUCAUGAGGAAAAACGGUUUGGCUGACCAGCUGCACAACCAAACCUCGUUCUUAGUCAUCCAAACUGUUGUUUCUCUUUUUAUUGCUUUCUCAGGUUACAUGGUUACACAGUACAGAUAGCUACACCCACCCCAACAUAAACACUAAGGUACAUAUUUCUUCAAGAUUGGACACUGUCGUGAUAAACCCACGAGAGAAAAGAGGGCAUUGUUUAAAGACAUGUUUAUGGCGUUUGGGAGGAUCCGCAUGUGGUGGAAAGGGAACAUUGACUCCCCGUGUUGAGGAGUAUCUGCUUAAGGUCAGCAGGGAAACGUGCUGCGGUCACAAUGGAGACAUCGCUUCCCAGUGUACGGGAGUAUCUGCUUGAGGUCGGCAGGGGCACAUCGCCUCCCAGGUGUCACUGUUUCACACUAAGUCUCUCAUGCAGCUCACAGGAACAACAAUUCAGAGCAAGACUAAGAAGCAAAUGCAUGAUAAAAGAAUAAAUAGUAAAAGUAAAAUAAAUUCUUGUGCUUAAACAAUGUGAUGCAAUCAAGUGGCACAUUGAGUGCUCUGGAAACUUUUGGUAUGAUGUGCUUAAACAAUGUGAUGCAAUUAAGAGGCACAGUGGUUGCCAUUGAAACAUAGGACAGUGAUGCAGCAGACAAAAUAGAGACUGACAAUCUCGAGAGGAUGGUGAAGACAUCGCAAGGACUUAAUUUUUUUUUGGUCAUGUUUGCUAUGUUGCGUUACAGACCGCUCUUAGGAUAUAAAAAGGAGGAGUCGUGGAGAUGUGAACAGAACUGACUGAAGAUAGUGAGAGAGAUACAUGGUGAGAGAGACACAUCACACGUUCUGCUUGCGAGCAAACGUUCCUCUUGUCUUCCUUCCUUGAGAAAUUGUACUUUAAAUGUCCUACAUUCUGUGAACCUGGC